UAGCCGGCUGACGGCUCUGGCUGUCCAAAAAAUAUCAAAAUAUCCUCCUUUUGUGGUUUUUCGUUUGCAUUUUGUUAGUCCAUAAAAACAUUAUUCAAUUAUAAGAAAGGGAAUGUCUAGCGCUGACCGAAUAGAUUUCGAAAUGGAGGUGGAAGUUGAAAGUGCAUCUUCGGGGCCUGCCGUGGAUCCCCCGAACCCCGUGUCCCCGGCGCCCCCGACCCCUGGUGGCACCAAGAGCGUGGUGGUCACCACGGCGACGUCUGGCUCGGUCACCGUGUCCCUGCAUCCUCUGGUCAUCAUGAAUGUGUCCGAACACUGGACUCGCUUGAGGGCGCAGGAAGGAUCUCCUCAGACAGUUAUUGGAGCUUUGAUCGGCAAGCAGAAAGGCCGGAACAUAGAAGUGAUGAACUCAUUUGAACUGGUCUUCAGUGUCAUUGAUGGAGACAUCAUUAUAGACCGGGAUUACUACAAUAUGAAAGAAGAACAAUUUAAACAAGUAUUCUCGGACAUGGAUUUCCUCGGAUGGUAUACAACGGGAGAGGCUCCCACAGAGAGAGACAUAGCAGUCCACAGACAGAUCUGCGACAUCAAUGAGUGUCCCGUCAUGCUGAUGCUCAACCCUGCUGGAAGAGAUGGGGAGCAACUUCCAGUAGUGCUCUACGAGUCAGUGAUAGAUGUGGUGAACGGGCGCGCGACCAUGCUACUGGCACCGCUCACCUACACCCUGGCUGCUGAGGAGGCAGAAAGGAUUGGAGUGGACCAUGUUGCCAGGGUGUCUUCUGGGGAAGCAGCUCUUAAUAGCUUAGUGGCCGAGCACCUAACCGCACAACGAUCGGCCAUCAAGAUGCUGGUGUCGCGCGUGCGCUGCGUGCUGGCCACCGUGCGCGCCAUCCGCGACGGCAGCCUGCCCCCGCGCCCCGGCCUGCUGCGCGAGGCGCGGGCGUUGUCGAACAGGCUGCCGCUGCUGACUUCGCAGCAGUUCCGCACGCACUUUUAUAAUCAAUGCAACGACGUGGCCCUCAUGACGUACCUGGGCACAAUCACGAAGGGCUGCAACGCCAUCAACCAGCUGGUGAACCGGUUCAACGUGCUGUACGACCGGCAGGGCAUGGGCCGCCGCAUGAGAGGACUCUUCUUUUAGGGCAACCGCUAAUUUUGCAAGGACUGAGUACGGGGCGCGAGCGAAGCGACUUGGGGUGACGUUUUUUAUAUACUUUUUUUAUCUUAGUGAUGGUGACGCGGAAUAGGCAGAAUUUAUUAUGGAAAGUUAGAACGAUAAAUCGUUAGUAAUCGAGCGGUAAUACGAUCUGCAUUUCCCGCGUCAGAUCAGUCUGUAAUAAGUAAUGAAAGCUAAAAGUUAAAAUAACUGAAACGUACCAAUAUAUUUAUGCGAUUCCGUUUACAGUUUGGCCCAGUCUUUAGCCCACUUACGGUAGUUGAUCCGGUGGGUGGUCACCCUUAGUUGUUAGCUUGUGCUCUGUAAGGUAAUAGGUCUCAUGGAAAGGUUCACUGCAAAAAAAAAUAUAAGACUGUGUCACUUCUCCAUUUGCCAUAUUUUUCCAUGUUUCCUAUUCCUUUUCUG